UUGGGUUGAGAGACCACGAGGUUACUAAGCUCUGGACACCGCUUAGGCGUCAUUUUAGUUCAUCGACUCCAGAGACCUUUCGGAUGUUUGUACCACACUGUAGUAAAAGGGUCUCGGCCCUUCGUGCCCUCCCGCCAUCGCCCUCCAGCGCUUCUACUAUCACUGCGAAGUUCUAAUUCUUUUUUGACUUCGUACUAUCUUACGUGCUCUUUAGAAAACAAGAGUACCCAUUUAUGCCGCCUUGACCACUGAAGUUGGUAUUGGAUAUACAAAGAUGAUCACUUUUACUCCUCUAUACAUUGAACAGCCAUUCAACAAAUACUUUAUGUGCCACCUUUAUAACAAAAUAACUAACUUUGCCUAGGGCAACAAAAAGGCUUUAUAAAGGAGUAAAUAUGUGAGCUGGGUCAUGUAGCAUCAAAAGGAAUUUGCUGAGCUCAAAAGGAGAAGGAUGGUCUCUGACAGCUAUGUGGCGGAUCAACUGGGAACAGAAAAACUAGAUGAAAGGAAAUUGGCAAUCAUUCAGAUUAAUAAAGAACUCUUCAGAAUCCCUGGUGUUUCAUCAUAUAUACGACUGAGAUAUCAACCCUUCUAGCUUGCUCUUUCUGGACCAAAAAAAAUGACGUCUAUUAUCAAAUUAACUACCCUUUCUGGGGUCCAAGAAGAAUCUGCCCUUUGCUAUCUUCUCCAAGUUGAUGAGUUUAGGUUUUUACUGGACUGUGGCUGGGAUGAGCACUUUUCUAUGGAUAUUAUUGAUUCCCUGAGGAAGCAUGUUCACCAGAUUGAUGCAGUGCUGUUGUCUCACCCUGAUCCUCUCCACCUUGGUGCCCUCCCGUAUGCUGUUGGAAAGUUGGGUCUGAACUGUGCUAUCUAUGCAACCAUUCCUGUUUAUAAAAUGGGACAGAUGUUCAUGUAUGAUCUUUAUCAGUCUCGACACAAUACAGAAGAUUUUACACUCUUUACAUUAGAUGAUGUGGAUGCAGCCUUUGAUAAAAUACAGCAGCUAAAAUUCUCUCAGAUUGUGAAUUUGAAAGGUAAAGGACAUGGCCUGUCUAUCACACCUCUGCCAGCUGGUCAUAUGAUAGGUGGAACAAUAUGGAAAAUAGUCAAAGAUGGAGAAGAAGAAAUUGUUUAUGCAGUUGACUUCAACCACAAGAGGGAGAUCCAUUUAAAUGGAUGUUCCCUGGAAAUGCUAAGCAGGCCUUCCCUACUUAUCACAGAUUCAUUCAAUGCUACAUAUGUACAGCCUAGAAGAAAACAGAGAGAUGAGCAGCUUCUGACAAAUGUCCUGGAAACACUUCGAGGUGAUGGAAAUGUGUUAAUAGCAGUGGACACAGCAGGCAGAGUUUUGGAACUUGCUCAACUUCUUGAUCAGAUUUGGAGGACUAAAGAUGCAGGACUGGGUGUUUACUCAUUGGCACUCCUAAAUAAUGUCAGUUACAAUGUGGUGGAGUUUUCUAAGUCCCAGGUAGAAUGGAUGAGUGAUAAAUUGAUGAGAUGUUUUGAAGACAAAAGAAAUAAUCCGUUUCAGUUUCGCCAUCUCUCUUUAUGUCAUGGUCUUUCUGACUUGGCCCGAGUACCUAGCCCUAAAGUUGUACUUGCCAGCCAACCUGACCUGGAAUGUGGAUUUUCAAGGGAUCUCUUUAUUCAGUGGUGUCAGGACCCUAAAAACUCAAUCAUUCUAACAUACAGAACUACUCCUGGGACUUUAGCACGUUUCCUAAUUGAUAAUCCUUCUGAAAAAAUUACAGAAAUAGAGUUGAGGAAACGUGUGAAGCUUGAAGGGAAAGAACUUGAAGAAUACUUGGAAAAAGAGAAACUAAAGAAAGAAGCUGCCAAAAAGCUUGAGCAGUCAAAAGAGGCAGAUAUAGAUUCCAGUGAUGAGAGUGACAUUGAGGAAGAUAUUGACCAGCCAUCAGCUCAUAAGACAAAGCAUGACUUGAUGAUGAAAGGUGAAGGCAGUCGUAAAGGAAGUUUUUUCAAACAGGCAAAAAAGUCCUAUCCUAUGUUUCCUGCCCCAGAAGAAAGAAUUAAAUGGGAUGAAUACGGAGAGAUUAUCAAACCAGAGGAUUUCUUAGUGCCAGAGCUUCAAGCUACUGAAGAAGAAAAAAGCAAAUUAGAAUCUGGUUUGACAAAUGGAGAUGAACCUAUGGAUCAGGAUUUAUCUGAUGUUCCUACUAAAUGUAUUUCUACAACAGAGUCUAUUGAAAUAAAAGCCCGGGUUACCUACAUAGACUAUGAAGGACGCUCUGAUGGGGAUUCCAUUAAAAAAAUCAUUAAUCAGAUGAAACCACGACAGUUGAUCAUCGUCCAUGGCCCACCAGAGGCCAGUCAAGAUCUGGCAGAGUGCUGUCGUGCCUUUGGUGGGAAAGAUAUUAAAGUGUACAUGCCAAAGCUACAUGAAACAGUUGAUGCCACUAGUGAAACUCACAUCUACCAGGUGAGGUUAAAAGACUCACUUGUCAGCUCUCUUCAGUUUUGUAAGGCAAAAGAUGCUGAAUUAGCUUGGAUAGAUGGUGUCUUAGAUAUGAGAGUUUCCAAAGUGGACACAGGGGUUAUUUUAGAAGAAGGAGAACUAAAGGAUGAUGGAGAAGACUCGGAGAUGCAAGUGGAAGCUCCCUCAGAUUCUAGCGUUAUAGCACAACAAAAGGCCAUGAAAAGUCUGUUCGGAGAUGAUGAAAAGGAAACAGGUGAAGAAAGUGAGAUCAUUCCUACUUUGGAACCCUUGCCACCUCAUGAGGUUCCUGGACAUCAGUCAGUUUUUAUGAAUGAACCAAGACUGUCAGACUUCAAGCAAGUUCUCUUACGGGAGGGGAUUCAAGCUGAAUUUGUAGGAGGUGUACUUGUUUGCAACAAUCAAGUAGCAGUCCGCAGAACGGAAACUGGACGCAUUGGAUUAGAAGGCUGCCUUUGUCAAGAUUUUUAUAGGAUAAGAGACCUUUUAUAUGAACAAUAUGCCAUUGUAUAAAGGAUAUGAUGUCAAGAAGUAUCUGCUUGACCUUUCUAAGAAAAAGGGAUUCUUAUCUUACUCUGAGCUUUUGAUGUUUUGUUUUGUAACAUACAAAAAGAAUCUGCCAGAAAAACUUACAUGUAUUAGAUUUUUAAAAAUAUAAAUAGAGAACAUUUUGCAAAUGCUCAAAUGAGCAUUCUAUCUUUUGGCUUUCAGAGUGAUAGAGCUCCUAACAGGUGUACAGGCCCAAGAGUUGAAGGUGAUUGGUUUCCUUUACAGGCUCCUUGUUCUAGAAGGGCUUUUUACUUGAAUAAAACAAUGCAACUUAGCAAACCAAUUCAUGGCCUUAGAGAAACAUUUUUGCAUGAGUUCUUACAAACUGUUUGUUAUAUUUUCUGGAAUGAUAAGUGAGAAUUAUUUAGAAAAGACAUGCUCCAAAAAAAAAACAGAACUGAUAAAACAGUUUUUCGAAGCUUAUUUUUAAAAGCAUACGUGCUAUGACUCUCUCCAGUUUGAAUAUGCAAUUGUUUUCACAGGCAGGAUGUCUGUUUUCUGCCUAUAUUUCCCAGUGAUUUACUCUAGGGUAAGGUGGUACACAUUUGGUUCAGAAAUCAAUUUUUAUUUCUCCUAUAUCUUGUUUUAUCAAGAUUUUGUUGUGGCAUUUCAAUGUAAAUUAUAACACCAUCAUUUGAGUAUACAUAAUUCAAAAGAACUACUUGAUGCAGUAUAGUCUUAAGGGUUCUGCAUACAUUUUAGAAACAUCUUAGCCAUAAGUUACGUCACGUAUUAAGCUGUUUAGUGCUCUGUUUUUAAGAAAACAAAUGUUGAACCUCACACUUUUAUGUGGUGACAGUGUAAUUUAAUUAAAAGGUGUAAAUGUU